GUGUCCUAUUUAACCUCAUAUACGAUGAUUCGCGCACGAACUAUACCAUUAUUAUGGCUGCAACAUGUGGGAAAAUGGGUCUUUGGAAGAAAAAUGUCUUUUUAUAUUUUCUGUUUAUUUCAAACUGCUUCGCACUGAAUUGCCGGUCAGAGCGUCGUACAAAAGAGGAUGAAUUCAAAAGGGUUUUCAAUAAUUGCUUGAAACAAACGGAAAGAAAUGGUAGUCGCCAUUCCUCAGAAGAUUGGAACAAUCGAGAGUACAAUCAAAGAAAUCAAUGGGACAGAGACAGUAAUAACCAAAACAGGGAUAACAGAAUGGGAAAUAGAGAUGCAAUAGAAGAUAGAGACAGAAAUUGGAAUAAUAGAGAUGGUGAAACUGAAAGAUACGAUAGAAAGCAACAUAGAGAAAAUGUGAAUCACAAUGAUAGAAUGGAUGACAGAUAUAAUAGAACGAAUGUUAGAAAUAACAGAGCUAAUAUGAAUGGAGGCGAAGGUGACAAUAGUAAAGGCAUAAACAGAAUGAUGAACAACCGUGCUCGAACUGAACAAAUAAGUGGACGGGAUGAGUUUUUACGGGAUGAAGAUUUUAGCGGAGACGUCACUAUGACACACCAUAAUCACUAUCCAUCACAAUCGCCGAGAAGAUAUAAACGUGAAAAGCGAGUAGACAUGAACUCUGGACAGAGAAGCCAAUAUAAUCCACAUUCACAAAAAUCUAAUAGUCAGAGUAAUCACUUUGAAAAAAGAAAUUCGUCUAACAAUUCCAGUAAAGAAAUGGAAAGAGCUUGCGUACUUCACUGUUUCUUGGAAAAUCUACAUAUGACUGACGAUAACGGAAUGCCAGAUAGGUAUCUAGUGACGCAUGCUUUUAUUAAGGAUGAGAAAAACGAAGAUUUACAAGAUUUCAUGCAAGAAUCAAUUGAGGAAUGUUUUCAAAUACUGGAUAAUGAAAAUACAGACGAUAAAUGCGAAUUUUCCAAAAAUUUAUUGACUUGUUUAUCAGAAAAGGGAAGAGCCAACUGUGACAAUUGGAAUGAAAAAACGGGGUUCCUCUUUGAAUGAUUGAAAUAAAAUCGUAUGUACAUCUAUAAUCUAAAUAA